UCUUCAAUUCAGUUUAAAAAGCAUAAGAACAACAACAAAUCGUCGGUAGGUCAUUUCCAGGGCAAACAUGGCUGCUUUUCGAGGAUUUCGUAGUUUUCAUACUUCUUCUGUUAGAUUAAAUACCAUAUUGCACCCUCCAAAUCCGAAGGAUUAUGAAAAGGGUGUUAAACUAUGGAAAAAGCUAUUUCUGUUUGUGUCACUUCCUGCUGUUGGCUUAUGCAUGGUCAAUGCUUACUUAGGAGAAAAGGAACAUUUGGAGCAUUUUCACAGGCCAGAAUUCAUUGCUUAUGAACACUUGCGUAUUCGCAAGAAGCGAUUUCCCUGGGGUGAUGGCAAUCACACUUUGUUCCACAAUCCCAAAGUGAAUGCUUUACCUGAUGGAUAUGAAGAUUAAUAGGAAGUGAAAGUGCUAUUAAUUUGUCUGUAAACAAACAUACUUUAUUUGAAUCUAUUUGUAGAAAUAUUGAAAUAAAUAAUGCAAUCCUUAACUCAUGA